CCAAACAAAUCGUGUCCACUAAAUUGCACCCUUUUCCCGUAAUCACUGAUUUUCUUUUUUUUCUUUUUUCUUUCCUGGGCACGACAAUAAUACGGAGGAAAUACAAAUUCACCUCACUUUCUCUCUCCCAAAACUUCCAUGGCGCUAAUGGAACACUCAAUUGAUCCCAGAAAUGGCUACUGCUCCGCCACUAAAACCUACUACACCCUCCGUGACAACAUCUCCCUUCCCCCACAAACCACCCCUCUUUCCGUCACUGACUUCGUUUUCUCUCUUCUCUACUCCAGCCCCGACUUUUCUCUCUCCUCCCCUGUCCUCAUUGACUCCGCCACCCAUAAUUCUCUCUCCUAUUCUGACCUCCUCCACCGCGUCGACUCACUCUCUUACUCCCUCUCCCGCCACAACAGUCCUGCGCUCUCUGUUGGAGACGUCGCCCUCAUUCUCUCUCCUCCCUCGUUUCAUGUUCCUGUCCUCUACUUCUCUCUUCUGUCCCUAGGUGUCGUCGUCUCCCCCGCCAACCCGUUGUCGACUCAAUCCGAAUUGACUCACCUCCUCGAACUCGCGAAACCCUCCGUCAUCUUCACCGUCUCUUCUAUCUCCUCCAAGCUCCGGUCUUGCAAUGUCCCAAUUAUCCUCCUCGACUCGCCCGAGUUCGACUCAAUGCUGACUCACCGAGCCACUCGACCACGAGUCACGAUCCCCCAGUCGAACUCUGCUGUGAUCAUGUAUUCGUCGGGGACCACGGGACGGGUCAAGGGUGUCGAGUUGACUCACCGGAACUUCAUCGCGUUGCUCGCCGGAUUGCACCACCGGAAAAUGAAAGCAUUGGAGGAGGAGGAGGGGAAGAAAGGUCCGGCGAUCUCUCUCUUCUUUUUGCCGCUGUUCCAUGUCUUCGGUUUCUUCAUGCUGCUGAGGGCAGUGGCAAUGGCGGAGACUCUGGUUUUAAUGGGGAGGUUUGAUUUCGAGAAGAUGUUGGAGGCGGUUGAGAGGUAUAAGGUUACUUACAUGCCGGUGUCGCCGCCGUUGGUGGUGGCGUUAGAAAAAUCUGAAUUGACGCAGAAAUAUGACCUGAGUUCGCUUGAAUAUCUUGGCUGCGGUGGUGCGCCGCUUGGUAAAGAGGUUGCUCAGCGAUGUAAAGCUCGCUUUCCUAAUGUAGAAAUUGGGCAGGGGUAUGGAAUGACUGAGACAGGAGGUGGGGCAGCGUCGACAGCUGGACCUGAGGAAAGUGAACGAUAUGGUUCUGUUGGCCGCCUACAAGAGAACACACAAGCGAAGAUUGUUGAUCCCUCAACUGGGGAGGCCUUGCCUCCUGGCCAAGAAGGGGAGCUAUGGCUGCGUUCUCCAACCAUCAUGAAAGGUUAUGUUGGUGAUAAAGAGGCUACUGCUGCAACCUUCCAUCCAGAUGGAUGGUUGAAGACUGGUGAUCUUUGUUAUUUUGAUUCUGAUGGAUUUCUGUACAUUGUGGACCGAUUAAAGGAAUUGAUCAAGUACAAGGGAUAUCAGGUUGCUCCAGCUGAGUUAGAACGUUUACUACUUUCGCACCCAGAAGUUGCUGAUGCUGCUGUAAUUCCUUAUCCUGAUGAAGAAGCCGGACAAAUACCCAUGGCAUUUGUAGUCCGAAAACCUGAAAGCAGCAUUACUGCUUCUCACUUGAUGGAUUUUGUUGCGAAAGAGGUUAGUCCAUAUAAGAGGAUACGCCGUGUUUCUUUUGUCAAUGUAAUUCCAAAGAAUCCAUCAGGGAAGAUCCUUAGAAGAGAGCUCGUCAAUCAAGCUACAAGCAAUCCAUCCAAGCUAUGAUCAAACUUUACUUUCCAUGCAAAUUACCUGUAUCAAUUACAGUUGCUCGAGCUGAUUAAUGUUUCUCGGUUGGUUAAAGGUUUUCCAUCCUCCUGCAGUCAUCGCCAUUAGUCUUACUAAUACCUUAUGUACUUACCAGAAUCGCUUUCAGUCUCAGGCAAGCUUGGUGCCAAAGUAUGGAGUUCAAGUCGGACUCGAGUGCGGCUCUUAUGUGCAAAAGUGACAUUGUAAAGAUCGCUUUUUAGUAAUAAGUUUCUUCUAUUUAAAGUCUUUAGGCCAUAAGUUGAUGGUCAAAUGCAUGACUUAUUGUUCAUCAUGUUUGUGCAUUGCCAUUGAUAUUGUCCCUAGUAUUUAACUAAGGGAUAGUAAAAGUCAAGUUGCUUUAACUUAUUUUGAGAAAGAUAAGUUCUCUUCUAAA